UGCACCGCAACUCUACUCCCACGUGGCAGCGUGGCUAGUCCGCAUCGGUCCUGCUUAGGCCUCAAUUAGGCGUAUGGACACCACAUGGCGUUUUGGGACGAGGCGGCAAUACGGACGCCUCUACGGAAUGUCCGAUUCCACGUGUCGUGCGCCUGCGUCUGUGCAGACAAGACCUGCAGGUACAAGUAUGCAGCGCCUCUCACAACGGCGUGACCUGCUGGUCCAUCACUCAUCAGAUCUCCAUAUCGCCCCAGCGCCACCAUGUUCAAAACCCUACUUCUCGCAACCGUUGUUGGUGCCGGUGCAGCCAACAUUCCCCUCGAGGAACGAGGCAACAGUCCUCCUUCGUACCAGUGCUCGUCUGUCAACAAAAAAUGCUCGCAGGCCAAACAGGUGUCGUCAGUCUCUGCCUACUGCUCCUCGUACCUGAAGGUCCCGAAGACUGCCACGAAGACCGUGACCAAGUGCCAGACCACAACCGCCUAUUCUACCAUCUACACGAAGACCGUCACGAAGCCGGCCACCACGACGGCAACGACAACCAUCACUGGCUGUGCUUACCCUUCCCGGAUUCCUGCCCGCGAGCCCGUUGAAGGCGGUACUCGCAAGCGCGAUGCGGAACCGGAUCUUGACAAACGCUAUGGCUAUCCUGUGCAGAAGCCGUCUUGCCUCUCUAGCUACAAGAAGUCUAGCGAGAUCACCAGCGCCUGCAAAUGCUUGUCUCUGAAGCCAAAGACUACCCAGACCACGACAGUGACCACCACCAAGACUGUCUCCAAGCCCUACAAGACUGAGUCGACGGUCUAUGACGAGCCAUCAACCAAGACUGUCUAUGAGAUCCCGCCGAAUCCCACGUUCGCCAUUGCACGAGCUGACAAUCCUUACGAAUUCCUGCAAAACCCAGCGGGAGGGGGUAUAGACAAGCGUAUAGAAAGUGGUCUUGGCUCGGGCAAGGAGUCAGGGAGUGGCCUGCCAUUGUUCGCUGCACCAGGGGCUAUUACUCUCGACGACGCGAUUCUCUUCCAACUCAACAACGCAGGCGGACUCAACGGCGAGAUCCGCAUCGUUGACAGCGGCAUGGGAGGCUCGCGAACCGGUCAAGGGCUUGGCGUCAACAAAUAUCCGCAACAAGGACAACCUCCAGACAACAAUCCAGUCAAUUUUACGCCAGUCUCGCCGCCUGCGUCUCCGCUGUUGACUCCCAUCUCGUGCAGCAUAUCUCAAAACGCAGCAGACGGCACUUGCCCUAUCGAUUGCGAGGUUCCUGAACUCGCGGGAGAGGAUGUGAACCAGCAAUUUGAGGGCAGCGAUCUGUGGUUUCUGGGUCCUGCUGGCACGACCUCUGACCAGACCUAUAUCACUUAUGCUGUCACGAAGGAGCCAGAGCCAGCUGAGGAGCCAGGAAAUUCCCCGCAGGAAGGCGAGAGACGACAGUCUGGCGGCGGCAACAAGAAGCGUUGGCUCGACGGUGUGCCAACUGGGCACGGUGGCAAUCCGGAGGUGUGAUGGCACUUAUCGUUGUCUAAUGUAUGGCGAUGCCUAAAUAGUAGACGAAUAUUCCAAAGCCGUUUAAAAUCAAGAGACGAGCGCGAUUGUCAGUCGCGUGCCACCAAUUCGGCGUUUGAGAGU